AUGUUCGGCUGGGGAAGUACUAUUCAUGGCGAAUUAGGAUUGGGUGGUGUUGAAGAGGAGUAUAUCAUCACACCCACAAAUGUAGACUGGUACUUGGCCAACACAGUCAUUAAAGCAGCCUUGGGCGAAAACCACACUCUUCUGCUUACCAAAGAAGGGAAAAUAUACUCUUGUGGAAGCAAUGACUAUGGACAGUUGGGGCAUGACCAGCCACGGAAGAGGCCACGUAUGUCUUUAUUUAAACCGGUAGCAGGACUAGAAGCUCAUCAUAUAGUAGGAAUAACAUGCGGUUCCAGACACUCCAUGGCCUUGAACCAGUGGGGACAAGUGUUUUCGUGGGGAUCGAAUUUGCAUGGACAAUUGGGCUAUGAUACUGAUGAACAAAUCCAAGCAAUACCGAAGACAAUAAAGAGAUUAGCUGCCUACAGUAUAGUUCAGAUUUGUUCGGGACAGAGGCAUUCUGUGGCCUUAGCUAGCAGUGGUGAAAUAUUAACAUGGGGGGCAAACAAUUUUGGCCAACUGGGAGUAGGUCAUCUUCCAGCUAAAGUGGAAUCCAACCCGAAAAUAAUAUCCACUCUGUUAGGUGUUCCCAUAGCACUUGUCGCUUGCGGUGCUAACCAUAAUUUUGCCAUAUCGAAGUCCGGUGCAGUAUUUGGUUGGGGAAAAAACACCCACGGGCAAUUGGGGAUCAACCAUAACGAGAAUAAAAUGUUUCCGGAACAUCUAAAAACACUUAGGAAUAUUAGAGUAAGAUAUAUAGCGUGUGGGGAGGAGUUUUCUAUGUUUUUAACGUUAGAUGGAGGAGUUCUCACCUGCGGGUCUGGAAUGUACGGACAACUAGGACACGGGACGAUGAGCAAUGAAAUAUUACCCAGACAGGUUAUAGAACUGAUGGGAUCGACAAUAACACAGAUCGCCUGCGGUCGACAGCAUUCGCUGGCGCUCGUUCCGUCUCGAGGAAGAGUGUACAGUUUCGGCACGGGCGGUUGUGGGCAAUUGGGUGCCAGAAAAACGACGAAUGCCUCAACGCCCCAAGUAGUUUUAGGUCCAUGGGUAUCUCCAAGUGGUAUGUCACUCAUUCCUGUAGCCCAAGAUGUUAAAAAUUUAGUCAUCCAUCGAAUAUUUGCAGGUGGUGACCAUUGUUUCGUAUCUGUGAUAAAAAAAGACAGCAAAGUGCCUCCGUUCGAUGGUCGUGACAUCGAUCCUUCGACUCAAAUAACUAUUCUUUCCUAUAAUUUUGUAAAAAAUCUUUUGCGGAUAUCAGCCAAAGACACGGUCGAUCAAGACGUCUGGACUUUCCUGGAGACAGCGUUCAAAAGUUUGGCCUGCAUGAACGGUUCGUUCCUAUUGGACAAUGACGCUCACUACAUCUGUAACAUUAGACAUCACGGUGUCAAUGUGGCAGUAGCCGAGGAUGCCUUUUCUUAUAUAGCGAAGAUUGAGAACGAGAGUAUCAAAAAUUUGAUUUGGAACGGCAUAGUGGAUAACAUCAUUCCUAGUCUUAUACCAUCGCCUCCUGACCAGGAAGCUCUCCGAAUAUAUCUGACGCUACCGCUAUAUCACGAAUUCAACAACCCCAAACAGCAUAGUAAACUGCAUAAACCGUUCGCAAACGCUGUACUUAUGUUAACCAAAAAUGCUACUAAUAUAGUGUGUGCUUGGUGGAGGAUGAUGACCAAUGAUUAUUUCGAAAGAUUAGUCAAUUCCUUUAAGUCUGUAGCUAGUUUCAUAAUACGAAAUCAAAAAGUACCUGAGGGAUCGUUAAUCUUUUAUGAUCCCAGUCUAGUUGCUGUAUUGGAUGUUCUUAAAUUCCUCAACGAUGUCAAUCAUUUAGAGGGAGGUUUAAAGGUGUCGUACGAUACCUUCUACAUAAGUGACCUUACAGAAUUUAUGAAUAUCCGAUACGAUUAUGUUUAUUGGUUGCGACAGCAAGCGACACGUGUCCAGAGUGAUAGGGUGCUAUUAUGUAGCUACCCCUUUGUGUUCGACGCCAAUGCAAAAGUUCAGUUGUUAGAAACAGACCAACAAAUACAGAUGCACAACGCGAUAACGGACGCCGCUCAGAGAGCAGCCAUGGCUAUGCUGUUUUCGCCACACAACUUGCAUGCCAUUCAAAGCCACCUCGUAUUGAACGUUACCAGAGAAAAUAUUGUUGAAGACGCCAUAAGAGAACUUAUGAAUAGUGAUAUUAAUGAUUUGAAGAAGCCGUUGAGGGUUAGGUUUGCCGGAGAAGAGGCUGAAGAUGCCGGUGGUGUAACAAAAGAAUUCUUUUUGCUGUUAUUAAGGGAAAUUUUAGAUCCCAAAUACGGCAUGUUCCAAGAAUACGAAGAAACUAGAGCGAUAUGGUUUUCAGAGUCGUGUUUCGAAGACAUUUCAAUAUACAAUUUUAUAGGCAAGUUUCUUGGCCUGGCGAUCUACAACUUUACUAUAAUAGACAUUCCUUUCCCUCUGGCUCUCUACAAGAAGCUUCUAGGCGAACCUAUAGGAUUAGCAGAUCUCAAAGGUCUUUCACCCACAGUGGCGAAUUCACUCCAGUGUCUUUUAGAUUACACAGAGAAUGAUAUGCAAGACGUGUUUUCCUUAUAUUUUGACAUAUCGAGAGAAUCCUUCGGCGAGACUGUCACUAUUCCUCUACAAGCUAACGGUUCAGAUAUUCCAGUAACUCAGGAGAACAAACAAGAGUACGUCACACUUUACGUUAACUACAUUUUCAAUGAGAGUGUCAAACAUCAGUACGAAGCUUUUCGUGAUGGAUUUAUGAAGGUCUGUGACAGUAAGCUGUUAGAACUGUUUCGUUCGCACGAACUGAUGGACAUGAUAACUGGGAACGAGAACUAUGAUUGGCACGCUUUAGAAGAGGCGGCGGAAUACAAAAACGGGUAUAAAUCGUCAGAUAAAACGAUCAGAUGGUUCUGGGAGGUGAUACAUGAAAUGUCUUUAGCAGAGAAGAAAAAGUUUUUAUUAUUCUUAACUGGCAGCUACAGAAUCCCUAUUCAAGGAAUGAAAGGAGUAAAGAUAUAUAUCCAACCAACAAACGACGAGAAGUACUUGCCAGUGGCUCACACCUGUUUCAACUUGCUCGACUUGCCCAAGUACAAAACGAAGGAGCGGCUUAAAUAUAAGCUGAUGCAAGCCAUACAACAGACGGAAGGAUUUUCCCUUGUUUAAGUUAUUCGCUUGAUACUCCUUUGCAACGUGAUCCACAUAGAGAUAAUCUAAAUGAAUAUUUUUUGGGUUCCAAGUAUUUAUUUUGUACAAACUGAUAAUAAAAUUAAUUUGGAAGAACGCUUGAAUAUGUAUAUUUUGUACAAAACGCAUUAGUCGAACAUAAAUGUUUACGUAAAUAUGGUCCAU